AUGUCUGAAGUUCAAUCGAGGCCCACUGCCUCUCGUGGCAGGGUAUCCGCCCGCGGUGGCCGUGGCGGUUACAGCUCUAGAGGUGGUCGAGGUGGCAGCAGAUCCACAAAACCUGACGCCACAGAUGCAUUUGAGGACGAAGGGGAACUCGGCCAGAUGAAGAAGAAAUAUUCGGAUACUCUGCCCAUGCUGAAUGAGCUGUUCCCAGACUGGAAAGACGAGGACUUGGUCUUCGCCUUGGAAGAUGCCGAUGGUGACCUUGAACAGUCAAUCGAUCGCAUCAGUGAAGGCAACGUCUCCCAAUGGGGAGAAGUAAAGAAGAAGACCACCGAUCGGAGUCGCCCCAAGCCAAAGGAGGUACAAGCCACUCCAACGGAGCCUACCACAACUGCUGUACGAGGAGGACGUGGGCGUGGUGGAUUUGAAGGCCGCGGUCGCGCUCGUGGAGAUCGUGGCCGUGGCGGUCGCGGCGGCCGGGCUGGUGCUCAUGCAAAUGGAACACGCACAGAGAAACCAUCCCUUCCAGCUGAAAUAACACCCAUUGCCGACUCAGUGCCAACUACAAACGCUACCCCGGUCGCUGACGCAGCUGCUUCGGAAACAGUGUCUACUUCUAAAGAUACUCCUGCCGCGCCUGAGGGUACCAAGAAGGGUUGGGCAUCGUUGUUCGCUAAACCAGCAGUUCCUCCUCCUCAAAAGCAGCCUGCCGCUCCUGCACCUGUAUCUGAAAAACCCGCUCCCGCGCCCGCGCCUAACCAAAAGCCUGCUGAACCUGAACCAACUUCGGUCCCUGCACCCGUCCCCGUUGCCGUGCCUAUUCCCACAGAAAAGGCACCACAACCAGCCGUUCCCCAGCCGAGCGAGGAGAUUGCUAUACCUACUUCGGCCGACGUUGCACUGCCCAAGGAUGAUUUGACCAAGAACAACCUUGCACAAAUUCCCGAUGUCUCACCCCCCGUCGCGUCUGCCACGGCUGCCAGCACUGUUGGCAGCAACAUUGACCCCAACCUGGGUGCCGCUUCAACCCCGUCGCGUCCCACAGCUGGUGCUUUGCCAACAAGCGCCUACAAGCAAAACAUCCGCACCCCCGGAACGCAGCGCCGUGUUAUGGGACAACAGGAAGCUGUCGUCAUGCCAGGAAAGCACGCCGUGGAUCGCGCAGCUGUGCAGUUCGGCAGCAUGGGACUGAACGGCGACGCCGCUGAUGUUGAUAUUGAUGAGAACAGGGAAGAAACUGAGACCCGUGCUCAGCCUCCUCAGCACUCCCCCGUGGCGCCGCGCGCGUCAUUGCCUCCUACUACCCAGGCUCAUGCUCCCCAUGAGGUCCCCGCCGUCUCCCGCCCUGCUCCUGGCCUGCCCCCGGUUCCUCAGGCCAAUGCCGCCGAGAACUCAUUCUCCGACUUCGCCCGCUACACCGAUUCCCAGAAGCCGUACGACCCAUUCACCCAACAGGUUACUCAACCCCAGCCGCAAGUCCAGGAGCCGUUCGCGAACCAAGCUCCCGUUCAGCCGACUGUCACCACCGGUAGCGAAUACUCCCCUUUCUACGGCGGCGAUCAGCGCCUUCCGUACACCUACUAUGGUGCCUACGGCCAGUCCCAAGACGCUUCGCUCGCCCAGCGUGCGGCCGCUGGAUUCGGUGUUUCUGGUGCUGAAACCCAGCCUCAAAUCCCCACAACUCAGGCCCCGAGCCGCUACGGUCACGUUGAAGCCCCCAACAGCGGCCACACGACGCCAAACCCCACACUCCCUGGAAUUACCCAAACCCCCGCCGCACACCAUAUGCCCGGCCAAGGCGCUCACGCUUACGGCUAUGGAUACCCAUACUAUUCGAACCCGCAUUAUGCUUCAUACAUGAACCAACAGUACGGCCGAAACCGCCCAAUGUACGAUGACGCUCGCAGAUAUGAAGAUCAAUACAUGUCCCACAGCUCUCAAUACGGCUACGGUAGCCAGUAUGGUCCAUAUGGCAAGGGCGGUAUGUACGGCCAACCCCACGGUUUCUCCUACGACCACUCUUCAUCUCCUGCGACUGCUGGUAGCUUCAACCAGGGCAUCCCGGGCCGCGACUCGGUGUAUGGUCGUACCGGUUCUGCUCAGCCGUCUGAGAGUCAACAGACAGCAGCGGGCCCCAGUGCAUUUGGCGCUGGUAUGACGGAUGUCUUCGGCCGCCAGGGUGGCUUCGGACAGAGCCAGCCGAUCACACAGCAGACCGCCGUGUCUUCGGAAGAAACGAAGGCCUUUGACGCCUCCAAGACGGGAGGUCCUAGCCCUUCGCUAUCCCAGGCUAACCGGCCUGGUUCUGCCGCCAACACCCCUGGCCAAACCCAAAGCCAGACUGGUCUUCCCCCGCUGCAGGGUCAACAGGCCCAACAGGGCUUCGGUGGUUACCCCCACCUAAACCCUCAGUACGGCGGCUUGGGUGGCCUCGGCGGACACCAAGCAGCUGCCAACCAGACCCACCACCAGGCGACUGGAUAUGGUAACUACGGCAACGCCGGCUUCGGUGCCUACUAUGGAAACACUGGACGAGGCGGCUGGGGAGGCAACUACGGACACUAA